AUGGUGUAUGGAUGUUUGGUUGAAGUUGCCAGACUCUCAAGCUCGACAGAUUUCAUCAAAGCAUCGUGCAGAACCACUCAGUACCCUGCACUCUGUGUCCAAAGCCUUGCAGCAUACACAAGUGCAAUAAGGCAAAGUGAAAGGCAACUAGCUCAAACUGCCUUGACAGUGAGCCUAGCCCGGCUGCGGUCUGCCGCGUCCUUCGUGGCAAAGCUAACUAGGGUUAGGCAGAUUAAGCCUAGGGACAAUGUGGAGACAUGGGUUAGUGCUGCAUUCACUGAUGAAGGCAUUUGCCUUGAUGGGUUUUGAUGUCGUUUUAUGGAUGGGAAUAUAAAGAAUGCUAGAAGAAGGGUCAAUAAUGUUGCUCAGGUCGCUAGCAAUGCAUUGCCACUUGUUAAAUGACUAAAAAUAAUAUGAUAUUUAAUAUAAUAUAAUAAUUAAAAAGAGAAUAAUGUAGGAAUAAUGAUUAUAAUUUUGUAACAUAUGAGGAAUAUACUUAUCAUUUAAAGUUUUCAUAAAUUGACACUAAUUACAAUGCU